AUGUCGUCGUCCACCGAGGAGCAUUUCCUGGCCGCCAGCGCGGAAUAUCAGAAAACGUUCGGCGAUAAGGGGUCCCUUGCCACCCCGCCCGUCAAGAAGCUAAUUGUAGUGACGUGCAUGGAUUCUCGUAUCAACGUUGUCGCGCAUCUUGGUCUGAAAGAAGGUGACGCCCACAUCAUCCGCAAUGCGGGUGGAAGCGCGAAGGACGCCCUGCGGAGUAUCAUCGUAUCCCAGCGCAUGCUGGGCACCCGCGAAAUCGCUGUCUUCCACCACACGCAGUGCGGCAUGCUCAGCGUCACCACCGAUCAGAUCCGCAAGACAGUGAAAGACUCGGACCCGCAGAACGACGCGCUAAAGGCGGUGAAUAAUAUCGACUUCCUGGAAUUCAGCGACCUCGAAGGGUCGGUAAAGAAAGACGUGGAGUUCUUGAAGGAGAACCCUCUCGUCUUGAAGGAAACCAAGGUGACCGGGUGGGUUUACGAGGUCGAGACCGGAAAGAUAAGACGGAUCGUUUAA